GCGUGUAUUUUUUAAUCAUCCUAUUUUUUCGACGAAUAAAUACCAGGUGAGCGCUGCCUGUCAUAAUCCUCCGUCUCUACCCUCCGUCUCGCCAUAAUGUCUUCUUCUUACAACGUGCUCAUUGUUGGUGCCGGUGUAGCAGGCCCAACCCUUGCCUAUGCCCUUGCCACAAAGACGUAUGCUAAGCGUAGCGCUCCUCUGCGGAUAGCUCUACUUGAACGUUCCUUCUCGAGGCCAGAUCGUAUGGUUGCCGAGUUGCUCCAGCCUGGUGGCAUUACCUCGCUCAAGAAACUUGGUCUGGAGUCAUGCCUCGGGGAUUUUGGCUCUGCUUCCUUGUCAGGGUUUUACGUUCUGCGAGGGGAGCAGGGCAUUUGCGCGUCAUUCCCUGAAGGCUAUGAAGGGCGAGCUUUUGAACAUGGAGAAUUUAUCAUGGCUUUGCGUGAUCAUGCACGGCGGGCGCCCAAUGUCGACAUGAUCGAGACCACAGUAACCGGCCUCAUCGAGAACGAGGACACGCAUCGCGUAAUAGGUGUUCGCGCUUCCAAUGCGGAUGGUCAGUCAGAGUCAUACUUUGCUGACCUCGUCGUUCUCGCGGAUGGCUCUUUAUCCAAGUUCAGGACUGCUGUCCUCGGGAACAUGCCGUAUGAGCCUUCGCAAAAGGGUUACUUGGCAGGUCUGAUUGUGAGAGACUUGGAGCUGCCGGUACCCAAGUAUGCAACUAUGAUUGUACUGAAAGGUGCUGGACCGGUCGUCCUUUAUGAGCUCCCCAACAACGAAUAUCGGAUGCUGGUCGAACUGAAGGCGGCGCCGCCAGACCUCAAGGAGCAUAUAUUGCGCGACGUUGUUCCUCAGCUUCCAUCAUCGGUACGCGCGCCCAUUCUCGAUGCUCUGGAAACGUCGCGUUUGCGACGAGUCCCGCAUUAUUAUCUUCCGCCCACAAAGCAGGGAGAGUCUAGUAGGGCAGGCGCGUUUCUACUGGGAGACUCAUUAAAUAUGCGCCAUCCGUUAACCGCGGGUGGAAUGACGGUCGCCUUGAAUGAUGUAGUCAUCCUCUCUGAUCUCCUGGCCCGCAUCGAGAACUUUGGUAACUGGGAUGAAAUCUCAGCCGUCCUCCGGAAGUGGACCUACAUGAGAAAACCGCUCGCAUCCACUAUCAAUACUAUGAGUAUGAGUUGGGCUGGCCUAUUCGCAGCUGAAGGUACGCCAAUGUUAGCU